AGCGGCUACGGCGGCCGGGGAGGCUCAGCCGUUCCCAGAAGGCGAAGCUCGGCUGGCUCGCCAGGCCUCGAGGAUGGCGGCUCACCUGAAGAAGCGGGUCUACGAGGAGUUCAGCAAAGUGGUGGUCCAGCAACAGCAGCAUGAAGAAAUUUCAGCCAAGAAACUUCGACUAACCAAGCCAAGCAAAUCUGCCGCGCUUCAUGUAGACCUUUGCAAGGCCACUUCACCAGCAGAUGCGUUGCAGUACCUGCUUCAGUUUGCCAGGAAACCGGUGGAAGCUGAAAGUGUGGAAGGAGUUGUGCGAAUCUUGCUGGAACAUUAUUACAAGGAAAACGAUCCUUCUGUGAGACUAAAAAUUGCUUCCUUGCUGGGCUUGUUGUCAAAGACGCCUGGGUUUUCUCCUGACUGCAUUCUGGACGAUGCCAUUAACACGCUCCAAAAUGAAAAGUCCCACCAAGUUCUGGCUCAGCUUUUGGAUACCUUGCUGGUGAUUGGGCGGAAGCUUCAAGAGAACCCUGCGGUGCGAGGGCGUCUUAUAGACGUAGCUUGCAAGCAUCUGACGGAUUCCUCCCAUGGGGUAAGGAACAAAUGCCUGCUCCUGAUUGGCUGUCUGGGGACAGUGGAAAAAGGUGGCUUGAAGGAAGUGGAACGCCAGUCUUCCAAAGACGUGCAGAAGAUCAUAGGGGAUCACUUUAGCGACCAGGAUCCUCGAGUCAGGACCGCAGCUAUAAAAGCUAUGUUGCAGCUUCAUGAAAGGGGAUUAAAGUUGCAGCAAACAAUUUAUAGCCAGGCGUGUAAACUCUUAACGGAUGAUUACGAACAGGUCCGCAGCGUUGCCGUGCAACUCACUUGGGUCCUCAGCCAGCUUUAUCCAGAAAGCAUUGUCCCAAUCCCGUCCUCCAACGAAGAAAUCCGGCUAGUUGACGAUGCCUUUGGGAAGAUCUGUCACAUGGUCAGCGACGGCUCCUGGGUUGUAAGAGUCCAGGCUGCUAAACUCUUGGGAUCUAUGCAGCAAGUCAGUUCUCAUUUCUUAGAACAGACCCUGGACAAGAAGCUGAUGUCGGACUUGAGGCGAAAACGCACCGCCCACGAACGGGCUAAAGAGCUGUACAGUUCAGGGGAGUUCUCAAGUGGCAGGAAAUGGGGGGACGAUGCUCCCAAGGAAGAAAUAGACACGGGAGCCGUGAACCUCAUUGAAUCGGGGGCCUGCGGAGCUUUCGUUCACGGCCUGGAAGAUGAGAUGUACGAGGUCCGGAUAGCUGCUGUCGAAGCCCUCUGCAUGCUGGCACAGUCCUCGCCCUUUUUUGCAGAGAAGUGCCUUGAUUUCCUGGUUGACAUGUUUAACGACGAAAUCGAGGAAGUGAGGCUGCGGUCGAUUCACACCAUGAGGAAGAUUUCCAACAACAUCACUCUCCGAGAGGAUCAGCUGGACACAGUGCUGGGUGUCUUGGAGGACUCCUCCCGAGAUAUCCGGGAAGCUCUCCAUGAGCUGUUGUGUUGCACCAACGUCUCGACCAAAGAGGGCAUCCAUCUUGCCUUGGCGGAGCUGCUAAAAAACCUUGCCAAGUAUCCUACAGACAGGGAUUCCAUCUGGAAGUGCUUAAAGUUCCUGGGAGGCAGGCACCCUACUCUGGUGCUCCCACUUGUUCCUGAAUUGUUGGGUACCCACCCUUUCUUUGACACCCCCGAGCCAGACAUGGAUGACCCGGCUUAUAUUGCAGUCCUGGUCCUUAUUUUCAAUGCGGCCAAAUCGUGCCCAACUAUGCCGGCGCUGUUCUCCGACCACACCUUUCGGCACUACGCUUAUCUUCGGGAUAGCCUCUCGCACCUUGUCCCGCCCUUGAGGCUGCCUGGGAAAAAGCUGGCAUCUUCUUCCGUGCCUGCCAGCCUCACGCUUCAGGAAGACCCUUCUCAAGAAUUUCUACAGCAGAGCCUUGAAAGAGUUUUCAGUCUUCAACAUCUAGAUCCCCAGGGCACUCAGGAGCUGCUUGAAUUCACCAUUCGGGACCUUCAGAGGUUUGGAGAACUCCAGUCCGACUUGGCUGGAAUGGCUGACUUCUCUGCAGCUUACCUGCGGUGCCAGCUCCUUCUCAUUAAGGCUCUUCAGGAAAAACUCUGGAACGUUGCGGCUCCCCUCUACGUCAAACAGAACGCCCUGGCCUCGGCCGCAGCCCGGCAGAUUAUGGAAGAAACGUACAAGAUGGAGUUCAUGUACAGCCCCGUGGAACAUAGGCAGGUGGUCAUCAUCCACCACAUGAGGCUGCAGGCAAAGGCCCUGCAGCUGAUUGUGACUGUGCGGACGACGAGAGGGGUGGAACCGCUUGGAAUAUGUGAGAAAUUUUUGCAGGAAGUGGACUGUUUUCAAAGAUGUUUCAUUUCCGAGCUCCCUCAUAUGCAAGGCAGCUUUGUGGAUAAGCUUCUCGACCUGAUGCCCAGGUUGGUCACUUCCAAGCCUUUGGAAGUAGUCAAGAUCCUCCGGGUGACCUUGCGACAGAGUAACUUCCUUCGCCUCCCGCUGCCAGAGAAGAUCCACCGAGCAACUGCCACCAUUAUUGAACCAACUGGAGAAUCAGACAAUCCCCUGCGCUUCACGUCAGGAUUAGUUGUUGCCUUGGAUGUGGAUGCCACUCUGGAGCACGUGCAAGACCCGCAAAACACAGUGAAAGUGCAGAUCCUGUAUCCUGAUGGUCAGUCGCAGGUGAUCCAUCCGAAACCAGCAGAUUUUAGAAAUCCGGGUCCAGGAAGGCACCGAUUAAUUACUCAGGUUUACCUUUCACAUACUGCCUGGACAGAGCCUUGUCAAGUUGAACUUCGUCUGUUACUGGCAUACAGCUCGGAUAGAAACAAAGCCUCUGUGGGCCUCUCGCGAUCCACCUGGGGAGACGGCAUGGAGCUUCUUCCUCCAUCCGAGGGCAGCAUCGAAGGGACUCUGCUGUUCAGCAAAUCCGUCAAAGUUUAUAUUAUGCCCAAGCCUGCCAGACGGUGAAGUCUUCGUUGCCAGAUAAUUUUACUUCUGGGAAGAGACUUAAGGCAGUUUCAGCAGCUGAACAGGACUUCCACAAAGACGACUGAAGUGCAUCUGUGGGGUGAGAGAGGACCCAUUGGCUUCCAUUUUAAAAUUGCGCUCUCUUCUCUGCUUACAGAACUGUUUGAAAGGAAAGUAGUAAAAGAAGUUGUUACUCAGACUUUGCUACAGUCAUUUACUCCAGUGCUUGGCAACCUCCAUAUAUGCAAAAGACUUUGGUCCAUCUUGCCUAACCAAGAGUUCUGCAGUUGGGCAUUUCCAACAUGUCUGGAGGGGUGUCUGGUUGGGCAAAUCUGAUCUUCGUCCCUCUGCUUUGGCCUUUCUUUAAACUUUUAGGAUGCUGGGCAGUAUUUCUUUUAACCACUUUUCACACUUCAGUGACAUGAUGAGACAAAAUCAUCAAGCCCAGUAUCUGGGGUUGAUUUGUCUCCGGCAUCUAGACUGAACUUGGAAUGUACAUUUCCUCUUGGUUGGUUAUAUGGUGCCUGUUGAAUAAAGGAGAAGACAAGUUGUGUGUGAUCUGUUGAAAAGAGACAGAAACUUCUUGCCUGCAAAGAUGCUUUCAUCUGA